CAGACUGAACUUGAGCCCAUAAUUUUGCUACCUCAGCCUCUUAAGUACUGGAAUUAUAAACGUGCACCACCACACCCGACCCAGGGAAUGCUUCUCGAGGCAUUCGCUCCUUGAAGAAUCAGCACAAGUGGAUAAGGAUGGCUAAGCAUUCCAAGAGGGCGACCAGGAGAGGCGGGUCGUGGUGAGGCAAAAGCAGAACAAUCGACUCACUCUAAUCUCUGCCUCUCAGGUCUGAUUCUACUUGCUUUCUCACUGAUUAAGGUUGGGAAAAUCGAACUUAACGCCUUUCCUCCACCCGGCCGGCUCGCUCGCAGCACAGGUUGCUCCAGAACAAAGGGCGUGGCCUCCUGUAGCAACUCAGCAUUGAUUGGUUUUCAGGGCUUCCGGCUCUCCAAUCUCGCCCUUGGAUUGGCCAUCAAGCAUUCUUCUGAUCACUGGGCCUGCGCGAAGCGGAGAGAAAAGGCGGGGCCCCGGGUAAGAUGGCGGCUGCUGCCGCCGGUGUGGGCCGCCUUGAGGAGGAGGCGCUGCGGCGGAAAGAACGGCUGAAGGCCCUCCGGGAGAAAACCGGGCGCAAGGACAGGGACGAUGGGGAGCCACAGACCAAGCAGCUCCGAGAAGAGGAGGAAGAAGAUGGGAAGCACAGGUGCCGGGAUUGCAGGGGUCUCAGGCUUCGCAACUAUGUCCCGGAGGAUGAGGACCUGAAGAGGAGGAGGGUCCCCCAGGCCAAACCAGUUGCAGUGGAAGAGAAGGUGAAGGAGCAACUAGAGGCUGCCAAGCCAGAGCCUGUCAUUGAGGAAGUGGAUCUGGCUAACCUGGCACCCCGGAAACCUGAUUGGGAUCUCAAGAGAGAUGUGGCCAAGAAGCUGGAGAAGCUAGAAAAGCGGACCCAGAGAGCCAUCGCAGAGCUGAUCCGUGAACGGCUCAAAGGCCAAGAAGACAGCCUGGCUUCUGCAGUGGACGCCACCACUGGACAAGAGGCCUGUGACUCUGACUGAGGUGUUUUCCAUGUCCCAUCUGCCCAGCACCCAUGUCCUGCGGGAAGAUGGUCUUAGCCAGGGGUGGAUUUAGGUUGGCCAGCACUUCCGGGUCUCAAGAACUAAGCUAGCCCAGUCAAGUCUCAACCUUUGUGAGAUGAGGCCAGCUCGUCCCCAGGGCGUCCACCACUGUGAGUGUGUCAGAGCUGAGGUCUGUACAUAUGUGUGUAUAUUGAGCUUUUUUGUUUUAACUUCUGGAAAUAGAGACAAGUAAACUCCCAUGUGGUA